CUGAAGUUUCUUUUCCAUUGUGGCUUUUGGUAAUUAAAUGAAGAAAAGAGAUGUCAAAACUGAGCAUGCAAACUCAAACACACCACUCAGAUGAGAGCUAUCACCGCAGAGUGCAGGAUGGUGCUGUGUUUCUCCUGUGUGUUCCAUAUGCCCUUGAUAGGCGAACAGAGACUUUUAUCUUCAGCAGUUUGAUUCACUGCAGAACUGCAGAAGCACACAGGAUAGAUUAGGAGGCAGAGCAGGGGUCUGCAUCUUUAGUUGAAAAGACACAACAGAGUUCACGGCCUACCUGACCCUGCGAGUUUCUGUGUUCAAUUCCAGUUUCUUUGUCCAGACAACAGCGGCAGGAGGAGGAGGAGCCCUGCGGUUCUAGUGGCUGGGGAGCAAGCCGGCGAGAGACAUGAAAAGGAUCACAAGGAAGUUGUCGAAGCUGUUGUUAAAAAGUGGUGGCUCCUCAAGUCGACGAAGGUCAAACUGCUCCACGCCUGGGACGGUAUCCCGGGAGCCGUCCAUUGAUGUAAUCCCAGAAGAUCGAGAACCUUCAUCCAUCCAGUCUUGUGGUGAGUCUUCCGCCAUACCCGCUGCACCACCACGACCACCUCUCAUUCCAGGACUCCCAGAUGACCUGGCUCUCCAGUGCCUCGUUCGCUGCCCACGACAUAUGUUCCCGACAAUGGGGAGGGUUUCGAAAGUGUGGAGCGAAGUGAUCACAAGUGAGAUUUUUGCGGAACUUCGCAAAGAUCUUGGGUUGCUAGAACCGUUUCUUCAUGUUGUUGAGCAGAGGCCCAGGGAUGGCGUCUGCUUCAUUUACAGUCUUGACCUCUCCGCCAGUCGAUGGAAAAGUGUGCCCUGCAGAGUCGGUAACACGCUGAUCGACAUUCCAGCCGGCAGUGAAUGUGUAGUCAUCGGGCACCGAAUGAUCUUUCUUGGCGGUGGCACGCAAUGGCAGAGCAGCAACAAUGUUUGGUGUUUUGAUUCAGCUCUUGGCCGGUGGUUUCGCCUCGCACCCAUGCUCACUGCUCGUUCAUCGUUUGCGUGCGGAGUUGCGGGAGACCAAGUCUUUGCCGUUGGAGGGUAUGGAGCUAAUGGUGUGGCUCUGGCAUGUGCAGAAGUAUACGAUCCAGAGACUAACGCGUGGCAGGUUAUCUCGGAUAUGAAGGUGGCGCGAGGUGGUUGUCUCGGUGUUGAGCAGCGAGGACGGUUCUAUGUCAUCGGCGAUACAUUGGUAGGGGACGGCGGCAAGGUCUGCCGCGAGGCAGAAGUUUACAAUCCGGACAUGGACACGUGGCUUACAUUGCAAACUAAGACAUGGGAUCUGACUCUUCCACCCUGCCCCGCAUUUAUUGACAUCGAUGGACCAAUUCGACCCAAGACAGCGGUGUUGCAAGGACAUCUGUAUGCCAUUGAUGAGAGUGGUUUUCCUAGGCUACUUCACUACGAUCAGAGAAUGAAUAUCUGGAAUAUCGUCUGUUUGUUACCAAACCACAGUGGGGAUGGAGCGAACAGAUUUGCGAUGGCGGCGUAUGGAGAGGAGCUGUUUAUUGUAGGUCGUAAAAGGGUGUACUCUGAUUCACCCGAAAAGAGUGUGGAAGUCUGCUUGCCGCUGAGUGAUGAUGUGAGAUCCUCGUGGCGUGUGCCUCGGCAGUAUGCAUACGGCAACUUUUUAAACGAGAUUCGAGCUUGUGCUGUCAUUGAAUUGUAGUCACCAGUGCCCUGCACUAUGUAGGUGUUGAAGCAAGGGCCAGAUCGAGACUCAUUGAGAUGAGCGGAGUCUGGUUAUGGGUUGCAGUACAAAGAUGAGUUAAGAGUCUGGGGGUUCUGUACUGGCCAUCUUCAAGUCAGUUUUCUAUUCUUUCCCCUCCCCCUUUGUGCACUCGAUUUCCCGUGAUGAAACAAUGUUUUGUCCCUUAGGUCGGGCGGCUGUCCCGUUGUAGUUUGGAUUGAUCAUGGAUAAACUGUGGUGACGGUG